AAAUUCAAAUAUUAGUCAUUGUACAAUUCGAAUUAUUAACCUCAUACUACGUAUUUCUAUUGAUAUGUAAAGUACUAAAUUCAGAUAAACUUGAACAUCAGUAAUUGUGUAUUAAUUAUGGAGAGUACGGAUUCAUCAACGGGGACACGUCAUCAGCCUCAACUCCCUCCGGGGUUCCGGUUCCAUCCGACCGAUGAAGAACUAGUUGUUCAUUACCUCAAGAAAAAACUCGCCGGAGCUCCCAUUCCGGUGGAUAUUAUUGCUGAAGUUGAUCUUUAUAAGUUUGAUCCAUGGGAACUCCCUGGUAAGGCAAUAUUUGGGGAACAAGAAUGGUAUUUUUUUAGUCCAAGAGAUAGAAAAUACCCUAACGGGGCAAGGCCAAAUCGCGCGGCGACAUCAGGUUAUUGGAAGGCUACCGGAACUGACAAACCUGUUUUUACCCCAACUCAAAAAGUUGGGGUAAAAAAAGCGCUCGUUUUUUACGGCGGUAAACCCCCGAAAGGGGUAAAAACUAAUUGGAUCAUGCAUGAAUAUAGAGUUGCAGAAAACAAAACAAAUAAUAAGCCUCCUGGUUGUGGUAUUAAUGUUGCCAACAAAAAAGGAUCUUUGAGGUUAGAUGAUUGGGUGUUAUGUCGAAUUUACAAGAAGAACAAUACACAAAGGUCAAUAGAUGAUAUGAAUGAUAUGUUGGGAUCAAUAGUACCACAAUGUGUACCAACUUCAAUACUACAAGGAAUUAAACCUUCAAUAAACUAUGGUACAUUGCUCGAAAAUGAAUCGAACAUGUACGAUGGAAUUAUGAAUAACACGAGCGAUAUGAUCAACAAUAAUAAUGGAUCCAUUCCACAAUUAUCGUCAAAGAGAUCGAUGCUUUCAGGUAAUUUGUACUGGAAUAUCGACGAAGCAGCAGCAACAACAACAACAACUGAUGGAAACAAUUCUCCAACUACAAAAAGGUUCUUAGUUGAGAACAAUGGGGACGAUGGACUUAACAUGAAUAAUAUUGCGCGAAUUACAAAUCAUGAAGAAAGUAGCUCCAUCGCCAAUUUCCUGAGCCAAUUUCCUCAAAAUACUUCGAUUCAACAACAACAACACGAACAACAUCAAGAAUUGGGAUCUCUUAAUGAUGGAGUCCUCUUUCGACAACCUUAUAAUCAAGUUACUAGCAUGAAUUGGUAUUCUUAAUUAAAUAUGCUAAAAGUCAAAAUUUAGUUGGCCCUGUGGAAUCAAUCAA